AUGGAGAUCGAAAAGUGCUACGAGCACGCGUGCGGUGAGAGAGCAAAGCCAAACAGCCAUGGAAGCAACAGUGGGAAGAGUGGAAAGGUACACCCACCCGAUCGGGAGGAAAUAGGAAGAGCGUCGUGGCUAGUGCUGCACACCAUGGCUGCGAAUUACCCGAGCAAACCAACGGAGGAGGAGAAGAAAAAGCAUUUUCACUUUUUCGACGCCUUUGCCAAUUUAUACCCUUGCUACAUCUGUAAGCUGGACCUCUUGGGGCAUUUAAAAAGUGAAGGAAUUAAUUGUGAAGGUAGGAGGGAGAUGUCAACGUUUAUUUUUAAUUUACACAACAGGGUGAAUGAGGAUUUAGGGAAGGACCUCUUUCCUUGUGGGGACAUCCAAGAGAUCAUCGAGAGGUAUAGGGCCGCCGAGUGA